AUGAAUGCAGUGGCAUACACAUAAUCAUUUCGCAACUAAACGUGCGCGCCGCUAGGACGCGCGAGCGCGCCUCUUUCAAACUUCCGAACGUAUUCUUCGCAAUUCGAAUUUUAAAUACAUUAUCAUCUAAGGCGAAAAACGCACAUGUGGCUAAUUUUAAAAUAAAAACGUAGGAUAUUAUUUAAAAAAAAAAAAACGCUUUGUGUUUAGUUUGAAUAAGAAUAAAAAAAUUAAGUUUAAUUUUCUUUAAAAGUGUCCGUUAUAAAAUAACUUUUUAACGAGUCUUUCAGUAGUGAAAAGUUUUAGUCUUUUUUUUACGUAAAGACUCUGAAUUGUGUCUGUAACGUUUAUUUCAAUAGAAAUACCAAAGAAAUGUUCGUCGAGAUGCCUUCACCGUCCAUAGACACAGAUGGAUUGUCAUCAUCAUCAGCGACAAAAUGCGCUGACGAGCAGCGUAGCGCAUCAGAUUCUCUGAACAGUUUGAUAGAGGGAAAGAUUCAAGAGCCUUGUUUAGAAUUAGAUUCCCUGACCGAGCAGUGCCCGGUUACUUGCGAAAACAACCAAAAAUCAAAGAAGAGGAGAUCUGUUUGUUGCAACACCGUGGCGCAGUGUGUAUGGGGCGUGUUACUGCUCUUCAUGUCUAUCGGUGGUUUCAUAUUUCAGCCGUUGGACUUCGUACUGAAAGAAAAACUAAAUAUGAGACCAGGUUUCCCGCCAUACGAAUGGUGGGCGGAUCCCCCGGACGAAGUGAAACUCCGAGUCUACGUUUUCAAUGUAACCAACCACGAUCGAUUCAUGUCAGGUCUAGACGAGAAAAUUAAUAUUGAAGAAAUUGGACCCAUAGUUUAUUUAGAGAAACUGGUGCAUAGAAAUAUAGUGUUUAACGAAAAUAGUACAAUGACGUUUACGGGUCAGAGGUAUCCCGUCUUCCUGCCCAAAGAGAACACUAUAGACCUCAAUGCGACCUUAUUAGUGCCAAAUUUAGCUUUAUUGGCAAUGUCUUCGUAUUUGCACGACGCGAAUUAUUUCGUACUAACUGCAUUCCGUUUGAUGGUCACCACGCAUGGCAGCAAAUUCUUUUUGAAGAAGACUAUUUAUGAAUAUUUGUGGGACUACAGAGAGCCGAUAUUGGAUACGUCUAAAAAUAUUGCCCCAGGUUUAGUGCCUGUUAAUAAUAUGGGAAUGCUGGCUAGAAUUUACGCUGAUUUCACCGACGAGGUCACAGUGAAGAUUGGUCAACAGUGGGGCGACGAGGAGUUCUUCCAAAUAGAUAGAUUUCGAGGACAACCACAGUUACCUGGUUAUGAUCCUAAUGAAUGUCCGGAUAGAAUUUUUGGUUCCUCUGAAGGAGUUAUGUACCAACAGCGUCUCACAAAGAAAGACGUGGUACUUUACUGGAGGAAAACUGUCUGCAAACUGAUGCCUCUUUACUUCGACCGUGAAUUAACACUAGACAACGUGCCAUUAUACAGAUACAAUCUCUCCGAGUCAGUAUUUGAAAGGGUCACCAAUGGAACUGACUGUUACGACAUGGUACCUUCAUUGCCAGCUGGUUUGAGCGACGCUUCGAAAUGCUAUUUCAACAUUCCAAUGGUAGCAUCUUAUCCACACUUCUACACCGGCAGACCACCAAAAGAUCAAUACGUGACAGGACUCCAACCGGAUAGAUAUAAGCACAACUCUUACAUAAUAGUUGAACCUCUAACUGGCAUUCCUUUUCGAUCGGUGGCACGAAUGCAAAGCAACCUGUGGGUCCAUGACAUUUCCCGUUUCAGUUCUCCCUACUCCAAGUUUUCUAAUCUCGUGCUGCCGUUGUUUUGGGCGGAAUACAAUCAAGAAGGGCUGCCACCAAAAAUAAGAUGGACCAUAUAUUUCAUAGUAGUUGUUCUACCUCCUUUAUCAUAUGUGAUCUUAUCUCUACUAUUACUACUAGGCUGUUACUUUCUAACCAAAAAUAUUUAUAAUUAUCAUGUACGUAGUGAAAUGUUGAAUUCUCUAUUACACUACAAGAGCAGUAACUCACAGAUAUUGUCAAAUAAUAGACUAUAUGCUUAUGAAAAGGAAGCCUUUCUAAAAAUUCCUAGCUAAAAUUUAUAAGCGAAAAUAAUAUUGUAAGCAUAUAAUUGUCUCUUUAGAUGUUAAAUUUAAAUAAACAGUAAAGACUGAAUAUUAAUUAGAAAUGUGGGGCGUUAAAAAUUAAAAAUACCUAUAAAUUACGGUUAAUUGAUAAGUUUACAGUAUGUGAUUAAAAUAGAAAUUGGUAUUGCAAGAAUACCUAUAAAUAUAGUUGGUACUUUACAAUAAUGUGAAGUAGAUACUUGUGUUGGUAUAGAUCGUUUAUGAUUGUUUACCAAAAUAUUAGUAAAAAUUAAAUAGAUAUAAAUGAAAUUAGAUGAGCUUCCUGUCGUUGUUUUCAUAAUGCAUUACAGCAAUCGUGCUCUUCAAAAAGGACGAUAAUGUAUCUUUAGAGCUAGCAAAAUACACACACUCCACUUUGUAAGAUCCAUAUACUACAGUCACUGUUUGCCAUCGGUCUGGCCGUAAGCGUAAUUCCCAGCUAUGUGAUUACCUUUUUUUAUAUUGAACAAAAAGGAAUAUUGACAAGGAUCUGGCAUUUUUUUUUUAUAUAAUAAAACUAUGUUUUACUGUACUACUCUGUGGAUGAUUCCAAAUUUAAUAAUUGCAGUAUGGAGCUUGGUGAUCUCUCAUUAGAUAGAUCAACAACCUUCUGGAGGUUGCAGAAAUUUGAUAAAUGUAACUCAUAAGCAUACAUCUAUGUGGUGGGUUAUAGAAAUAUCGAUGUAGAUAUGCAGUAACAGCUAUUAAAAUGUUCAAGAUAUGUAUCUUAUCUAUUUUUAAAUAAAUAAUGUACCUAUAGUGAACAUCUUUCAUAUUAGCCACUGCUAAACAUAAGCUUCCCCCUUGGGGGGUUUGUCAGUAGCUGCCAUGCUUGGUAGGCAAAUUGGCAACCGCAGUUAGGCUUUGAAGAUAUUUUAAGAGGGACACUGUUGCCUAUCUCUCGCCCUCACUUAGUCGUCUCUUACGACACCUACGGGAAAAGAGCUAUUAAAAUAUAGACAGUGGCAUUUUAUAUUAAAAAUUGUAAUUAUGUAGGUACCUACUUUGCUAAAUUAUUUAAGUACCUAACUAUUUAUAGUCUAAUUAAAAUAUGGACUUAAAAUGUCAUUAGGUAUAGUAAACAUGUGUCAAAAUUGUGAUAAUGUAAUAUUUUUUUAUAAUUAAUUAAUAAAUAAAAUUUAAUAUUCUCAUUAUUAGGUACAAUGGUUUAAUAACAAUUACGGUACGGUUUGGUAUUUCCCAUUAACAACCAUAACGUCCCACUGUUGGGCACGGGUCUCUCUCCAAAGGGGACGUAAACUAUAAGUACUAUUACCACGCUUGCCACGCGGCUUGGUUUAGGGUUUUAUUUCCAGAUUUUCCUCUCUUGUACUACUGUAUUGUACUUUGUUUCAUUAAUCAUUUUUUACAUCUUGAAUAGGCAAUAAUGAAAACAGACAAAGGAGUGGUGUUAGGGUUUGCGAUCUUGAUUCGAUUUGACCGAAUAUUGAUUUUUAGUAUCGAUCUUUUCCAAGGAUUAUCGAAGUAAAAUCUAUAAUAAUUAUAUUGUAUAUAAUACAAGUAUAUCAUUUGAAAGUUGCCAUUCCUUGUAAUUUACUUUCUUUUUUAGAACAAUUAAAUUUAUUGUUUAAUUUAUAUACCUAUGAUUAUGUUAGCUUUUUCAUUUUUUUCUUUGGUGUAAAAAAUAUUCUUUACCUUAUGCAGUUUUCCUUUUUCUGUAGACGUAAACUUAUACAAAAAAAAAAGAUUGAUCGAAUUUCUCGUAAUCGAUCUUUUGAAUGUUGAUUAGAUUGAUCGAUUAGAUGAAUUGAUCGGAGACUUUCUUCAUUCGAAUCGUUUCAAAGAUCGAUGUAAUGAGAACGUUAUACUACGUUUAAAGGCGGCACAUUGUACAGUAUGGUAAUUAUAAUUAACUAAGAAUCAAUGUGGGUGGUAGUAUGUAGCUGUGAUUGUUCCUAUAUUGUUAUCUAACUUGCUCAUUAUUAGCUUUAAGACAUGACACAAUUUAUUUUAAUAUUAUAAAGGAGAUGUUUUGUAAAUAAAAAAUACAAUAUAACAAAAAAUA